UAUAGACAAGAACAGCAGAAAAAGACAACUAAAAGACACGAAAAUAUGAAGAUAUACAUUUAUGGGCUAACCUCCGAAAAUGAUGUAAGACAAGUCUUUAGUCCAUUUGGAGAGAUCGAAUUGAUCGAGCUCCCAAGAGACCCAUAUUCUAGAAAAAGUAAGAAAGUUGCCUUCGUUACCUUCUGCAGAAGAAGAGACGCCAAAGCUGCCAUCAAAGAAAUGGACGGUUAUAAAGCAAAAAGCACUAGACUCGAAGUCAGAGAAGCAAAAAAAAACGAGAGUGAGUAUUACAGAGAUAUGGGCCCAGAUCUUGAUUUGGAAGAAAAAGGAUUCACUAUUGGCUCUGGUAGAAGUAGAGCAGCUCUUAUUAUAGAGUUGAACAGAGGAAAAGAGGAAACUAAUGAUCUUCUUGUCAAACAAUCUGACUUGAAUGCUGCUAGCAAUUGUAUCUUGCUCAAUAACUUAUUUGACCCAACAUCUGUAGAUCUAGAGAAAGAACUUCACUUCUAUAGAGAAAUUGAAGACCAAGUUCUUAAUAUAUGCGAAGAAGUUGGAAAAGUUGACAAAGUAUGGGUUGACAUUAAAUCCCAAGGAAAUGUAUGGGUUAAGUUCUCCAAAGACUCAAUUAAAGGAGCACAAAAAGCUCAAGAAACGAUGAACAAUAGAUUCUUUGAUGAAAGAGAGAUUAGAGCAUCAUUUAUUCCUGAGAAAAUAUAUAAUGCUAAAGUUCCUGAGUAAUUUCAAUCAUCUAAAAA